CAUCACUAACUCUCUGUACCUCCAUUGUGUGUUGCGGCUCUUCACCCGGUCACACAGCGCGCGCGCCUGCAGGAUUUUUUUAUUUAUUUUUUUAAAACUCUAACUUCCGUUUCGGUUUGGUUUCUGUGCUCAGCCUCAGAGUGGACUUUAAGACACACAUCGGUGUUUCAUCCUCCUCAUCCUCAUCACGAGUGCACGUGCUCACCGGUGUCUUUGAUGUUACCUAUAGAAACCUCGGGAGGAGUGUGUUUCACCGUCAGUCAGCACUCAGAAGGCCCGAACGGUAUGAAAACAGAGGAAAACCAGUCAUGUCUGCAGCAGGCUCCGUCUUCCACACCUUUUGAGCAUGUGGGCGGAGGUGAGGUGUGUGCAGGGUGUGAGUCGCCCAUCGCUGACCGCUUCCUACUGCGUGUGAAUGACCAGUCGUGGCACGAGACGUGUGUGAAGUGUGCUGUGUGUCUGAGCACGCUCAGUGGGACGUGUUACUCCAGAGACCGGCUGCUCUACUGCAAACACGACUACGAGAAGCUGUUCGUGCGGAAAUGCAGCGCGUGCCUGCAGGUGAUUGGCCGCUCGGAGCUGAUCAUGCGCGUGCUGGGGCAGGUGUAUCACCUGGGCUGCUUCAGCUGCUGCGAGUGCGAGCGCCGGCUCCAGAGAGGUGAUGAGUUCGUGCUGAAGGAAGGUCAGCUGCUGUGCCGUGGAGAUUAUGAGAAGGAGAGAGAGAUGCUCGCUGCUAUUAGCCCCGCCCCCACCGAGUCAGUGAAGAGCGAGGAUGAGGAAGGUGGCAGCAGCUCCAUGGGAGGAAAAGCUGGAGAUGACAGUAAAGAGCACAAGCGAUCCAAGCGGCCACGCACCAUCUUAACCACGCAGCAGCGCCGCGCCUUCAAGGCGUCCUUCGAGGUGUCCUCCAAACCCUGCAGAAAGGUGAGAGAGACCUUAGCAGCUGAAACCGGCCUCACGGUCCGAGUCGUCCAGGUCUGGUUCCAAAACCAGAGAGCGAAGAUGAAGAAAAUCGCUCGCAGGCAGCAGCAACAGCAGCAGCAGCAGCAGGAGCAGGAGCAGAUCGGCGGCAGCAGGAGGGGUCCAAGCAGAGGAGGACGUCUGAGUAAUGAUGAUAGCGAGGAUGGUUCCAGCAGUCACGGGUUAGACGGCAUGCUCUCGUACUCCUCCAUGCCGCGACAGCAGCUCCUGGCUCUCGAUCCGAACCUGUACGGGGGUGAGCAGUUCCGGCACGGCCUCACGCCUCCGCAGCUAGGACCUGAGCAGAUGCACCCGUACGACUCAGAAACCGUUUUCCACGACUUGGACAGCGAUGGAAGCCUGGGUCACCUCGGCGAUUGUCUCUUGGCGACGGCGGACGGAGGGGUGCUGGCAGGACGCGUGGGAAAUCCCAUUGAUCGCCUGUAUUCCAUGCAGAACUCCUACUUCACCUCGUGACCCCUCUUCACCUCCGACCCCUGACUAACUCCACCACAGUCCACAAGAGAAGCAGCAAACAAACAGACAAAGCCCCCGCUCGAAGCCCAAGCGUGUUUGCCCCGACUAAUCCUGCAGGAUCUUCUCAUCUCACAAUCACACACCAGUUUACGCCAUUCACCGUCCUGUAGGAAUAACAUUCUAUAAUGAUUUCAACAGCAAACUGGAAAUGAUGCGGUUCGACUAGGAAUAAGAUAAUUGUAGCCUCACGGCUUAAUCAAUAUUAAUGAUCCAACACGCACACACACACACACACACAUUUCCGUCAUAGGCAUGCUGUAUAUUCGGUUAGGCAGCUGAUCGCCAACAUUUUACCUCAUCAUCCAUCUCAAAAAAUCCGUCAUUUGCAAAUAAAUCAAUCCACAGAAGAUGUACACCUUGCAUAGGAAGCCUUGCAUCUACAUCAUCACCUACAAAUUAGAACUACAUGGCUGAUACAACCGAGUGCAAAAGUUUGUACACCCCCCAGGCCCAUAUGACAAAAGAAAAUUUAUGUACAGCAAUAAAGACAAAUUAUUACAGAUAGUAAAUGAUGGAAUCUUGUAUUUUAGGAUGUUAACAGUGAAACAUGGUGCCUCGUCUCGCAUUCUGGAUCAGAUAUAAAUAUUUACUGUUAGCUUGUACGCCCACGCUUUGCCCUUUUGCCUACAACUUCAUUCAACAGCUUUUCAUUUGUCCAUCAUUAUUUAAAUUAUUUUUUUAAUAGGUUUGAUAAAAUAUUGUUGAGAUGAAUUGCCACAUUUUUGCCAUGGAUUAAUUAUAUAAAUAAAUAAAUAAUAAUAAUACAUUAUAUAAAUAUUCUGCAAAAAAAAAAAAGGCAAUGCAAUGUAACACCCACUUGCUUGACCAAUCUCUGACCAAUCGAAUCAUUUGCUUUAUGUCGAUAUUAUAAUAUUAUUUCCAGCAAUAGGAUGCUUCAUGCUUCUGGUUCAUUUGUUAUCACUUCACCAUACAAGUUUCUGUUUUUCCAUCCAGAUGCCACGAGGGGUACAAACAUCUGCACUCAGCUGUACGUAGUACUGAAUAAUAUCUAAGGCGAAAUGAGACCCAAAGAGGAGUGUUUUAUGAUUUUUCGUGUCGUUUAUUUUUAGUAAAUGAACUCAGAUUACAUUUUCCACAAUCUAGCCUUUUCUUCUUGUUAUCCUCACGCUAUUACAACUUAAUUAUCAAACCCUCGAUGAUGUCAUUUAGGAGUAUUAGGACUGGAAAGACUAAACCGAGCAGCACGUCGGAGUCUUAAGGAGUCUCGGUAGGGUUCAGAGAGCAAAGGGAAAGGGUGCAUACCAGAGCGAUUAAGAUGAGGCUAACACAAAUCCGCCCGGUGAUACGGGGUCAGGUGGGCUUGCGUGGGAUUAAACGAUUAAAUACUGGAAUUUCUUGCCCUCUGUAACACCUACACUGCCAGUCAGAAGGGUUCAGGAGGCUCUUUGUGUGUUAGGAGUUUCAGUUGAAAUGGGAAUGAAGGUAAAUACAGGAUUAUUAAUGUGAGUGAAUUAUUAAUGUAAGUGAACUGAGAAAUGUGUGUGCAUUUUCUAAAUGAUAUUUUAUUAUUUAUUUUUUUCCAAUCUUCUUCUGAUCACUCUAAAGAGACUAAAAUGAAUCCCUUGUGGAUUAACUACUGCAUCAAACAAGUGCGGCUUUAGUGAAGCGCUCAGUUAAAGGACCAUUAAAAGUCUUUAAAAACACAGAUUUAGGAAUAAUAAUAAUAAUAAUAAUAAUAAUAAUAACAACAACAACAACAACAACAACAAUAAUAAUAAUAAUAAUAAUAAUAAUAAUAAUAAUAAUAAUAAUAACAAUAACAAUAAUAAUAAUAAGCUUUAUUUCAUUUUGAGUCAUCAAAUUGAAAAGGAAAUAAUGAAUCUCAGUGUUUAAGAUGAAAAUAAUGAUGGAGAUUUUUUAUAUUUAUUUGACAAUAGCUGAGCAUCUAAAAAACACAUUUUAAAGAAACCUGCAGACUGGCAGUGUACGUGAACUCUCUUUCUCUUCUGGUGUCUUUUCUUCUCCUCUCCUCUCUUUUUUUGUCCUCUCUUUUUCUCUUCUCUCUUUUUCUAUCCUCUCCUCUCUUUUCUCUCCUCUCUUUUUCUCACCUCUCCUCUCCUCUCCUCUCGUAUUUUCUCCUCUCAUUUUCUCUCCUCUCCUCUCUUCCCUUUUUUCUCCUCUCCUCUCCUCUCCUCUCGUAUUUUCUCCUCUCAUUUUCUCUCCUCUCCUCUC